AAUGGUGGAACAAGAUUUGAACAAGACUGCUGAACUGGUUAAGAAGAAGUGCGCCGAAGUAUGCUCGGCUAAAUCCGUUGAAAUCGCGUCUUCGGAGGUGAUUGAAGGAGAUCCGAGGAAUAUAAUGUUGGAAGCCGUGGAGAGACAUCAUGCAUGUGUUCUUGUCCUUGGUAGCCAUGGUUAUGGAGCUGUCAAGAGGGUGUUUUUGGGGAGCGUAAGUGACUAUUUAGCUCAUCACGCACAUUGCUCCGUGAUGAUCGUCAAGAAGCCUAAGGCUAAAUCUACUUCUACUGAACAACACUAAUGAGAGGAAUAAAACGUCAUUUUUUUUUGUGAUAUAUAUGUACUACCAUUCUGUUUUCUUAAGUACGUAAGACCCUAUAUACAGUUCCAUCAAAACUUUUUAUACUCUUCAUUCCCCAACUCUUAAUGUAUAUCAAUUUAUUGUAUCCAUGACUCUAUAUGUAUAUUAAUUGGUUUUUCU